GCGACGCGGGAAGAGGCGCUAGAGGCGCUGGAGUGGCUGCGGGCGGAGUGCGCCGCGAUCUUCGCCGACGUCGCUGCCACGGUCGCCCGUGUCGGAGUGCGGGAUUCGGCUCUGGGCGCCUACGCAGGACUGCCGGAGGCCGAGGAGAGCUCCGCCAAAGUGAGGCAGGCCAUAGAGCAGCCUCUGGUGCUGCAGGCCGCCAUGCGCGAGGCCGCGUCGAGGGCCGCUGGCGCCCUGCCGGCCAGGGGCGGCAGCGCGGAGGACCUAGAGGCGGCGCUGCAGCUCUUCAGCCAGGAUCCCCAGGUGCAGAAGGCCACCGGGGAGAUCCGGGCCAUGCACGAGACGUGCCUCGGGGGCGGCAGCGUCGUGGCCCCGCGGUCGCAGGCCUGGUCGGCCGACGAGGCGCUGGAGGUGCUGCGGCAGCUGGGCAGGGCCAAGGCGGAGCGGCUCGGGCGCCUGCUGCACGACGCCGGUGCCGGCGGCGCGCCAGGCGCCGAGGGGGGCCCAGUUUUGGGCGGCCUCGCCGUGAGGGCGUGCGCCGAGGCGGAGGGCGAGGUGUGGGCGCGGCUUGGCCCCGGAGACCGCCACCGGCGGUGCAGCUUCGCGGUGGCGCUGGAGGAGCUCUCGCCCGGGCCCGAGACCGGGGGCUCCAGCGGGCGGCGGGCUCAGCCCAAAAAUCUCUGGAAGCCUCGCUAUCUGUUCCUGGCCUCACUGCACCAGAAGUCCGAGACGAAGGCGGGGCCACCUCGCAAGGCGAGCGGCGCGGGCCAAGCGCUCCUGCGAGUCGUCCUCAGCAUCUGCGGCACGAAGGGCAGCGGGAUACGUCCACGCUCCGCAACCGACGCGAUACUUGAGCCGGCACUCCAGGUAGAGACGGGGCCAGGCCACCGCUCCCACGCCAGUCGCGGAGUUCGCACCACCUGCAUCUCCGCCUUCCACCUGGGCAGGUCACUCGGCCUCUUCUCCUACCACCUGGAUGCCACGAUGUCCACCGUGGGGGUCCUGAGGUCCGCCAUCCUGCUUCCGCGGCUGACUGCACGAGCCUUGAACGCCACGUGCUCCGCGACGCCGAUCUUGACCGAGAUGUCCACUUCUCUCCAGCCGCUGCCCCUUGGUGGCCGCGCGGAGCUCCGACGGCGACGCCGUGCACAUCCGUCCCUCCAGCUCACGCGCGCGGGCGUGAAGCGCCACGUUGCGCCGGAGCCGAUCCAGCGAAGGCGGCACCUGACCAGCGGCCAGGUGCUGCAGCGCUGGGACGAUCGCCGCACGGCGGUCCGCGAGGGCAGCGCCGCCCACUAUGGCUGUCAGGGCGGGCUCGGCAAAAUCGAGCCGCGCCUCCAGCUUAAUUACAGGAAACAGUCUUUGAAGAUGGCGCGCGCGCUGUGCCUUGCCAAGUUUCUGCGCGACAGAGAUGCGGAGAGAGCUGCGCGCGGGUUCUUGGCGAGCGUGCCCGUUGGUUGCAACAUUGGCGGCGCCGUCGGCGAUGUUUACAACGGGCGGGCGCGCGCCCGCAUGGUGGCCAUGGCGCCCGCGCGCUUCCGAGGCUCGCUGCUCCAGUCGCAGAGGGCUGGGCAGGCCCGGGAGGGGCAGGUCCCCAUGCUGGCCGGGGCGUACGUGCGCCAGCGGUCCGCCGCUGCCGACGCCCAGGGGCUCGCCGGCAGCCCGCGGCUCGGUCCGGCCCUGCCGCCGCUGGCGGUGGCGCGCCUGCUGGGUGCGCUGCGGGCCGAGUGA